AUGUCUUUUAUUCAAUCGAUUUAUCGUAGUAACAAAACUUCAAUUCAACAUUCAACAAAACAGACAAUAUCAAAGCCUUUAAAAAACGACAUUACUACUCCAGUAGCUGCAUCAAAUAAUACUUCACAACAUCAACAUACUAAAAUGUCUUCUUUCAAACUUGGCAAAAAAUUCCAUAUCCCACUUUUCAAUAAUACUGCUAAAACUGCCCCCGCAAAAGCAGCUGCUAAAGAUACUUGUGAAACUAGCUCAAAUGACACAACUUUAAAUUCAAUUCCAUCAAUACGUAAACAAACUAUUGUGCAUCGUACUGACAUUGGUAACAGGAGAAAUACUAUUUGGUCUGAUACUGUCGAGGAAGAUUUAGUUGACAAUUUAUCACCAAUCGAGCUCAAAAGACAAGAAGUUCUUUUCGAAAUUAUUAAAACUGAGCAAGAAUAUGUACGUGACUUGAAAUUAAUGGAAGAAUUAUUCAUAAAUCCAAUCAAAGAAGCCGAACAAAAAAGCAGAAAACAAAUAGUCCCUGAAAAUUUAAACAAAAUUUUUAAUUCUGUUUCCUACUUUUUAUUCAUUCAUGAAGUCAUCAGUAACUGUUUAAAUGAACGUCAAGAAAACCAAUCUCCAUUAGUAAGAAGCAUAUCAGAUAUCCUCUUGGCCUACGUGUGGGUAUUCCGUGCUUAUGCACCUUAUCUUAUACACUAUGAAAAAGCCUUGAGAGAACUCAGUGAUGCCGUUCGCAAGAAAAACAAAUUGGGUCAAUUGGUCAGAAAGCAACAAAAAUUUGCAACCUGUAGAAAUAUGCCAUUAUCAACCUACCUUCUUAAACCAUUCCAACGCUUAUUGAAAUAUCCAUUACUCAUCACAAAUUUACUCAAAUGCACCGACAAAGAUGGUUACGAUUAUGAGAACACUGUGUCAUUAAAAACUAAACUCGACAACGUGCUUCAAGAUGUCGAAGGUCAAAAACAAAGUCAGGACAAUAUUGAUCGUCUUAGAGAAUUAGAAACCAGAAUUCAAGGUCUUGGUCAUUUCCGCCUUGCUGUCAAUCAUCGUCAACUUGUGGGUGAAAAUCCUGCUUGUCAAAACAUAAACAAACCACCAUCUUCAUCAAUUCGUAAAACAUCAUUAACCGUAGCUUCAGCUCCUGAACUACAAUCAAAACGACAUUCUAUACGAAAUCUUUAUACACUAGAAUGUAACGAUAUCGUCCUUUUGGCUGAAAGAACAGGUCUAACGAAAGAAGGUCAACCAAUUUAUAAAUUGGUUUCUAAUCCUCCAAAAAAUCAAGAGGAACCUGCUGUCUACGUUCAUCACAAAUCCCAAGAUUCUGGCUAUUUCUCUGAGGAAUGA